AUGCCAUUCGGACUGCACUCCGCAUCAGCAACGUUCCAGCGGGCGUUGGACCAGGUGACAGGACCCGAGAUGAUGCCACACGCCUUUGUGUACCAGGAUGACAUAAUUGAGCUACAAUACUUGGGUCACCGCGUGACGGAUCAAGGCAUCGGAACGGAUCCGGAGAAAGUAGCGGCAAUAGCACAGCUGAAGCCCCCGGGAAACGUGAAGGAGCUGCGACAAUACCUAGGAGUGGCAUCGUGGUACAGGCGUUUUGUACCUGAUUUUGCGACACUGGUGCAACCGCUGCACGCACUCCUCAAGAAACAGGCAAGGUGGGAAUGGACAGACGCCCACCUAGAAGCAUUCGAAGCCGUCAAAACCAGGUUGGCCGCCGACCCGAUCCUGGCAUGA